AUGGAUUCCAUCGAAGGUGGGUUACUGCGCAAGAUGCACGCGCAGUACCGCGUGCGGCUGGUUCCGAUUGACGUGCAGAGUCGAAGCAGUAGUGAUGUCACAUGGGCAGAGAGCUAUACUAAGCUUCUUGCUUUCAACCAAACCCAGUACGCACGGGUGUUGAGUCUAGACUCUGAUGGGACAAUCUUGCAGGCAAUGGAUGAAUUGUUUCUUCUCCCCCCGGUCCCCGUGGCAAUGCCACGCGCGUACUGGCUCGGGUUCGAUCAUCGCCUGCUAACCUCCGCGGUGAUUUUGAUUCAGCCCUCGGAAUCCGAGUUUGGUUCCAUCUGGGAGAGGAUCCAAGUGGCCGGGAAAUCCGACUACGACAUGGAGAUCCUGAAUGAUCUGUACCAGGAUAGUGCGAUGGUCCUGCCGCACCGUCCUUAUAUGCUCUUGACCGGCGAGUUUCGUUCCAAAACUCACGCGAAUUACCUCGGCGCCCCGCACACCAGAUGGGACCCUGAUUUGGUCUUGUCAGAGGCCAAAUUCCUGCAUUUCUCGGAUUGGCCGCCUUGGCGGAAGACCCCGGGGCCGGUCAUGGACAAAGAACAACCGGCCUGUCACAACGAUACCACCCAGACGGGGAUGCAAGAUUGUCGCUCGCGUGAGCUCUGGUUAGGCUUCUACCGGGAUUUCGCCGAGCGUCGACAGGAGUUCUGGCUGUUCAAUUCACACGCUGUCAAGAAAGGCAUGCUUGGAGAUCUCACCAUGUGCCGUUCUAUUCUUGCUUUCUAUCUUUUCCUGUCUGCCGAGAUAUGGUGUAACUGCAUUGCAACCGCAGCAACUAGCCCCUUCGCUGUAUCCUGGUCGGACCAGACGUUUGGAUUCGACGGUCCGUGGCGCGCGGUAACAGUGAAGGUGGGAUCGCCAGGACAGGAGCUGUCAUUAUACCCCGGAGGCAGCUGGGGAGGCUCCGUCUUCCUAGAGUCGAUUUGCUCCAAUUCCACCCUCGCGCCCAUCUGCCACACCAGCAAGGAAGGGGGCUUGUUUGACGGCAGCAGGUCUGCCACAUUCGACAACGAAUCAAUACGAUUUGGCGCAGCAGGCGCAUUUCGUGUGGGGGAGGCCGAUGCUGUGCGACAAUACGGCACGGUCAGGAUACCGAACGUAUCAACUCGAUGGAUCACAGAUGCGUAUCGUGUUUAUCCUGGAGGGAAAGCUUACCCCGUCGACCUGGGGAUUCUCUCUCUAGGCGCAAGCGACAUCAACCAAACUUUCACUCAGGAUGACGACAAGCCCGCCAUCCAGACCACUUUCGUCCCGAGCUACAUGUUUGGCACCCUCAAAAUGCUUCCAUCUUACUCCUAUGGCAUGCACAUUGGCUCGGUGCUGCCCAAGAUACCUGGAUCGCUGUAUCUAGGGGGCUAUGACCAGAACCGCGUUCUGGGCGAGGUCUCGGCUCAGGCGUUCUCCAGUGGUUCGUUCCCCAUCGGCCUAGUUGACAUCAAAGUUGGGGUCGUGAGAGGGGGCUCUCCCUGGAACUAUUCAUCCCAGCAUGGACUUCUGGCCAAGGGGAACGCAUCAAUUGCCCCCGGCAUCACUGUGACCAUGAGCCCCGCGGACCCUUACCUCUACCUGCCCCAAAGCACAUGUGCAGCGAUCGCUGCCGAGCUGCCGGUCGUGUAUCAACCCGACUACGGGCUUUACUUCUGGGACACCACGGACCGUCUAUAUAGCCAGAUCAUCACGUCACCAGCAUACCUCGGGUUUGUGUUCAGCAAGAACUCGCGCAACAACGCCAACUUGACUAUUAAGGUCCCAUUCUCGCUGCUGAAUCUGAUGCUCGAAGCUCCUCUCGUGGAGAAGCCGACAUCCUACUUCCCUUGCAUGGGCACAACCGGCACCUAUGCGCUGGGCCGGGCCUUUGCACAAGCAGCAUUCAUUGGUGUCAACUGGGGACUUCCCGCGGGGAACUGGUUUCUAGCCCAGGCUCCCGGGCCCAAUAUCCCUGGCUCCGCAAGACCGACCGUCAUCAGACCCGGUGAUGCCACGAUUUCCGCGAGCUUGAGCGAAUGGGAGAAUAGCUGGGAAGGACACUGGACGGAGCUACCUACUAUGCGCGGAAGCUCUGGGUCACCGGACGACGACGGCGGCGGCGGCGGCGGUCUUUCCGACAUUGCCAAGGCCGGCAUUGGGCUGGGCGUGAGCCUGUCACUCACCCUGACGGCGCUGGCGGUAGUGGUACUAUUCCGACACGGGAGAUGCACUACACUACGUUCCCCUAAGCCCAUCGACGACGACGAGGGGCUUGUUGCUGUCGGCUUGCACCCGCGGGAUUCACUGUCGGCAGGCGUCCCGCAGGCCCGACAGCUCGGGCACCCAAGGACUCUCGCAGAGUUCAAUGAUCAGCCCUCUGGGCAGGUGUAUGAGCUCCAGGGCCAGCGCCAUGGUAGUGUAUAUGAGCUUUCUUGA